AUGUUGUUGGAGAUUAUUGGGACACCAUUCUGCAAUUUUAUGUUAAGGACAAAGCAAAACACCCCGUGUACCAGAACCAUCACCAUCAUUCCGAAGAAAAACCUAUGAAAAGGGUGGGGAGAAGGCUAGUAAAACCAAAGAACAAAAAUUGUCUGAUGAAAGUGAUUCCUCUCUGUCCGAGGUACACAGGGGCAUAAUUAACCCAUUUCCUACUAGCAAAAGUAACAAGACAUCUCUCGUACAGUGUAUGCAUAUAGCUGAAGGGCACAACAAGGCUGUGCUUUGUGUAGAUGCUACUGAUGAUCUUCUUUUCACUGGAUCUAAAGACCGUACUUGUAAAGUAUGGAAUCUUGUCACUGGACAGGAAAUUAUGUCACUUGGAGGUCAUCCGAAUAAUGUGGUUUCAGUGAAAUACUGUAACUACACAAGCCUGGUGUUCACCGUUUCAACAUCUUACAUUAAGGUGUGGGACAUCCGAGAUUCUGCAAAAUGCAUAAAGACGCUUACGUCUUCAGGUCAAGUCAUGACAUGGGAUUCCUGCGCUGGAAGUCAAAGCAGGACAGUGACUAUUCCUCCUGGUGAAAAUCAAAUUAACCAGAUUGCACUAAAUCCAACUGGUACCUUCUUGUAUGCAGCAGCUGGAAAUGCAGUGAGAAUGUGGGACCUGAAAAGGUUUCAGUCUACGGGAAAGUUAACUGGACAUCUUGGGCCAGUCAUGUGUUUAACUGUAGAUCAGGUUGCCAGUGGCCAAGAUUUAAUUAUCACAGGCUCGAAGGAUCACUACAUUAAGAUGUUUGAUAUUAGUGAAGGUGCUCUUGGCGCCAUUAGCCCUACACAUUGUUUUGAACCACCCCAUUAUGAUGGCAUAGAAGCAGUUGUCAUCAGCGGAGACAACCUUUUCAGUGGGUCCAGGGACAACGGAAUAAAAAAAUGGGACCUUUCCCGGAAAGACCUUCUUUAUCAAGUUCCAAAUGCCCACAAAGAUUGGGUGUGUGCUCUUGGAAUCGUGCCCAGUUGCCCUGUUCUUCUCAGUGGCUGUAGGGGAGGCAUCCUGAAACUUUGGAAUAUCGAUACUUUCAUGCCUAUUGGAGAGGUCAAGGGUCAUGACAGCCCCAUAAAUGCAAUCUGCACCAACUCAACACACAUAUUUACUGCAGCAGAUGACCAAACUGUGAGGAUCUGGAAAGCUCAUGGUUCACUGGACGGGCAGAUAUCUGAUGCUGGGGACACGAGUGAAGAGGUUGCCAGCAAUUGA